AUGCCUUGUCCAUUUAUGGGAUCACUCAACCAAGCCUUCGUAAGAAAUUACGGAGGGGCUCUGUUGAAACAAUACGCAAACUAUUGCCCCGUUGUGUCUCGAGGCUUUCGAUCUCUCGGAAAUGAUGAGACGAAAUGCCCCUUCAUCAAAGAGAAUGCCAUCAUUGCUGAAGCUCCUAAGGAAAUGUCUGAAGAUAUAGCGGAGAAUCUUCUGCCAUACAAGUAUGAGAAAUUUUUCAAUGAUCAAAUCAGUGCUAAGAAGAAGGAUUAUUCAUACCGUGUAUUCAGGAAAGUGUCUCGUUUGGCCGCCGAUGGAGCAUAUCCUCAAGCCUUAGAGGGUGCUGAGAAUCGCCGCGUCACCGUAUGGUGUGCUAAUGACUACCUUGGCGCUUCUCGCCACCCUGUAGUCCAGGAUGCUGCUAUUAAUGCUAUUAAAUCAUAUGGCACUGGUGCUGGUGGUACUCGCAACAUCGCUGGAAACUCACAAAUGACUGAAAAACUAGAGGCUGAAAUAGCACAACUACAUAAGAAACCUGCUGCCCUGAUUUUCAGUUCUUGUUUUGUAGCAAAUGAUGCAACUUUAUCUACACUGGCAAAAAUUUUACCUGGAUGUAUUGUUUAUUCUGAUGCUGGAAACCAUGCGUCAAUGAUUCAAGGUAUUCGUAAUAGUAGAGCACCUAAAUACAUAUUUAGGCACAAUGAUCCCAGCCACCUUAGGCAACUCUUAUCAGAAUCUCCUAAAGGUGUACCAAAACUGGUUGUUUUUGAAACUGUUCAUUCAAUGAGUGGUGCUAUAUGUCCUUUAGAGGAAAUGUGCAAUAUAGCCCAUGAAUAUGGUGCUUUAACCUUUGUGGACGAAGUCCAUGCAGUAGGGUUGUAUGGGAAGCAUGGUGCAGGCAUUGGCGAAGAGAGAGGUAUCCAAAACUUAAUAGAUGUAGUGUCGGGAACCUUGGGGAAAGCUUACGGAAAUGUGGGUGGCUACAUUGCUGGUUCUUCACUUCUAGUAGACACUAUAAGGUCAUUGGCGCCUGGUUUUAUUUUUACUACAGCUCUACCUCCUCCAGUGCUAGCAGGCUCUUUAGCUGCUAUUAGAUUACUUGCCAGUGAAGAAGGGAGGAAUUUGAGAACAAAGCAUCAAGCUAUUGUAAGAUACUUGAAACUGUCACUUCUCGUCGCGGGACUCCCGCAAAUGCCAUCAGUAAGUCACAUAGUACCUGUACCUAUAAAGGGAGCGGAUAAAGUGGCACUGGUCGCCGAAUCCUUAAUGAAGAGAGGCCAUUAUGUGCAGGCGAUCAACUAUCCAACAGUGGCGCGAGGUGAAGAACGCCUGCGGUUCGCCCCAGGUCCCUAUCACACGCCCGAAAUGAUCGACAGCCUUAUCACUGCUCUUAUUGAAGCAUUCCAUGAAAAUAAUAUAACUUUUGAUGAGUUCAUGAUCAAUGGCACUUGCAGAGAAUGCAGUAUGGAAUACAAGGUCGACAUCGCAUAUGAGGAACCAUACAAAUACCCAAUGCAAGUAGCCUAA